AUGCCUCGCGCAACGUCCGGACACUUUACAAGAGCACAUCAGCCCUCGGCGAAAGCUCAGAAAAAUCAUGCCGAGUCUUCCUCGAGCGGCACCGCAAGAAAUCCGAUCUUCAACACCGAGCGCUUCGGACAACAUAUUCUGAAGAACCCUGCUAUCGCACAAGAUAUUGUCGACAAGGCGAACUUGCGGCCGACGGACAAGGUGCUCGAAGUCGGUCCCGGUACGGGUAACUUGACAGUGCGGAUACUGGAAAAGGCGAAACACUGCACGGCCGUGGAGAUGGACCCCCGAAUGGCUGCAGAGUUGACGAAGCGUGUUCAGGGAAAACCCGAACAAAGACGCCUAGAAAUUAUAAUUGGCGACUUCGUCAAGGCAACCCUACCCUAUUUUGACGUCUGCAUCUCCAACACGCCGUACCAAAUAUCCUCGCCACUCGUCUUCCGCCUCCUUUCCCACCGCCCUCUAUUCCGCGUCGCAAUCCUCAUGUUCCAGCGCGAGUUUGCUCUGCGCCUCACGGCUCAACCUGGUUCUGCUCUCUGGUCACGGCUCAGCGCCAACGUGCAGCUUUAUGCCAAAGUGGACCAUGUCAUGAAUGUCGGCAAGAACAACUUCAGGCCACCGCCAGAUGUGGAGAGCUCGGUCGUGAGGAUCGUGCCGCUUGAUCCACCCCCGCCUGUUCGCUUCGAGGAGUUCGACGGCUUGACGCGUAUCUUGUUCACGAGGAGAAAUAAGACGGUACAUGCCAACUUCCAGGCGAAGGGUGUCUUCGAGAUGCUUGAGUCGAACUACAAGACUUGGUGCUCGGAGAACGAGAAGAUGAUUGAGGAUGGCUUCAACAUGAAGGCGAAAGUGAAGGAGAUAUUGGACGAGCUCAGCGUGUCGGAGAGCCGACCAGCUAAGAUGGACAUCAACGACCUUCUGAGGUUACUCUCAGCGUUCCAUGACGCGGGCAUUCAUUUUGCCUGA